CCACAUGGUCCGCCACAAGGCGGGUAUGCGCCCCCACCUCAGCAAGGCUACGGAGCGCCCCAGGGUGGUCCGCCGGGUUAUCAGAACAUGCCUGCUCAUCAACCUCCCCACGGCAUGCAGCAGGCCGGAGGUGAGUGCAGGGCCAAAAGACUGCGCAUCGCAAAUCUUUCGUUGGCCUUGCGACUUCUUGAUCUCUUGGAUGGAUCAUGCGGCCACAAGCUAUAUGUGGCGCUUUUCCUGAAACGUAUGCUUCAGACUUUGAGCUGAUCACCAUCAUCCACCCUCUUAACCUCAUGUUCCCCGUUCUAGGUCAGCAAUUCCAGUACAGCAGCAUGAGAGGUAAACGCAAAGCGCUACUGAUCGGUAUCAACUAUCGAGGCACUCGAGCCGAGCUGCGUGGAUGUUGGAACGAUGUGGAAAACAUGAAGAGGUUCAUCUCUCAACGAGGCUACCAUUCCGACGACAUGGUAGUCCUGACCGAUGCCUCUUCCGAUCCGCGUUCCAUUCCAACUCGACAGAACAUGACUGCAGCGAUGCACUGGUUGGUGCGCGGCGCAGCGCCCGGAGAUGCGCUGUUCUUCCAUUUCAGCGGACAUGGAGGUCAAGCAAAGGCUACUCAGGGCGAUGAAGCCGAUGGAAUGAACGAGACGAUAUUGCCAUUGGAUUACGAGAGGGCGGGUCAGAUGGAGGAUGAUGAGCUUCACGCCAUCAUGGUCAGACCUUUACCUGUCGGUUGUCGUCUAACGGCCCUGUUCGACUCUUGCCAUUCGGGAACGGCAUUGGAUCUUCCCUAUGUCUACUCUACCAGCGGCAAUAUCAAGGAGCCCAACGUGGCCAUGGACGUAGGAAAGGGCAUAUUGAACGCUGGUAUGUCUUAUGCUCGCGGCGAUCUUGGAGGGAUGGUCAAGGGACUCUUUUCCACUUUCAAGGGCGCUUCGGGCAGCAGCGAGGCUGAAGAGAUCACCAAGCAGACCAGGUCUAGCGGGGCAGACGUCAUCAUGCUUUCGGGAUGCAAGGAUGCUCAGACUUCGGCAGACGCCAGCGAAGCUGGUAAAGCUACAGGAGCGAUGAGUUGGGCCUUCAUCAAGGUUUGCACCGAAUACUCUCAACUUUCUUAUCUCCAGAUGCUGAACGCUACGAGAGACGCUCUGGUGCAGAAAUACUCGCAGAAACCUCAACUUAGCGCUUCUCAUCCUAUGGACCUCAACCUGCUCUUCACCAUUUGAGCCUGUCCUUUGCUGCUCCUGGUCAGACUAUUGCGACUCAAGAAACGAGAGAUUGUGAAUGUAUGCCGUUUUGUAGAGGGCCUUUUCUGUCCACAUUCUCAACCACGCAUGAGAGGCACAGACUCGAAUAGCUCGUGUCGAUCGGUAGGCGGGUACGGUGUUCCUUAGCCUUGUUGAGAAAGCUUGGCGUGUGAGUUGCAAUAGGUCUGGCUGGUAAGCACGCGUCUCAUACCACGUGCAUGCUUCUGGUGCGAUGCUGCUUGCUGAGCGUCAGAAGAGUACAGCAUGUACGCGGACGAAUGAAGUCAUAAAUAAAGCCCUCAAAACGCC